AUGAAACUGCAGAGCCUCGGACCACUCCUUCUGACCUUGACCUCUCUCUUGUUCAGCCCACCCCUGUUCGCUGCAAGUCCUACUUUCUGGAUAGAGCCGGCGUUGCCCCAGGACUUGAAAUCUCGCUUUUCUGAGAUCUGGAGGGAUUGUUUGACGCUCGCUAGGCUGGCAGCCAUCACUUUUCAAGCGGACUGCAGGCUCGACCCAACGUUUGAACGAUAUUUUGAGACGGAUAGUGCUUUGUUUGUCAAGCACAUCUUCUACACACUUGCCAACAUCCCGCUCGAUGCGACCCUGACAGAAGCCACUGCUGUGCAGACCCUGCAAGGCGGCAGCCUCUUGGGACUUUCGCCAAAGUUCUGGAAGUUGACGAUCGCGUUCGGAGAGCCGCCUUGGCUACCCAAGGAUGGUAUUUGCGCCGAUGAUGAUGGUUUCGGAGCUUACGCGAGCUUCAGAAGAGAAACAGGCGAAGCCACCAUAGUCCUGUGCCUCGGUGUGCUGUACUACCCUACACUGGAUGAGAUUCUGCGUCCUCGGCCGUGGGCGUAUGACGAGCAGGGAAGACUGCGCGAGGGUUACACUUGCGAUGGUCUGCUCGACCGAGACAACGCAUAUAUGGAGAUUGUCGCGGGUUGGCUGCUCCAUGAGCUCAUUCACUGGGAAGAGCUUUACAAAGACGACGUGCCGGAAUGGGACCAGUUCGUGUCGUCCCUUACCGGAAUCAAGGAUUUCGACUCCCCAGGCGCAACCCCCGAGUACGGUUACGGGGCAUUCAACGCUCGCCUUUUGAAGGAGCGAGCCGUCAGCCAUCCCGGGGAGAAUGGACAUUACCCCACAGUCAACAAUGCUGAUAGCUACAUGUGGUAUGCCUUGAGCAACUACUGGUCAUGGAGGUGUCAGAGGCCAUAUAGGGGGGCGCAGACCCCCGCUGAUGAAUACCUUCGUAUGGACCAGGGUGUUGGGUAUAAUGGCGAGAACAUUGGCGUGACUGCUCGCCUUGGCUUCGACCAGCCCUCUCCAGGCAGCGUUGAUUACGACACCGACGAAACCGACGACGAAGGCGAUCGUGGCACCAAGAGUGAUUCGAAGCAGCUUGCGCAGGAUGGAGAAGGCAACGAGGGUGAAUCGAAACGGCUCGCGCAGGCCGAAGAGCGCAACAAAGCGUCGCUUAAGUAA